AUGGAGGUACCUGGAAAAACAGAAGUGCCAAAGAAACCGGAAGUACCCGGCCAAGCACAAGUACCUCAGAAACCAGAAGUACGCGUGAAACCGGAAUCAUCUGGGAAAUCAGAAGUACCUAAGAAAGCAGACAUACUUACGAAACCGAAAGCACCUGGGAAACUAAAACUACCAUGGAAACUUAAAUUACCGGGGAAACCAUAA